AUGUUUCGCACUUGUACUCAUAUUGCAAAUGGUGUUGGAUGGUCGUGGGGUUUCGUGAAUGAAAUAGAUAUGGUUAAUCGUGCCCAAGCAGACAUCUCUUUAGGACCAAAUCCAGAUCUACGUUUAUCAUGGAACACAUACCAGAACCAAACUGGAUACCGCUGCGGAUCUACCAUAAUGAACGAUGCUGCUACAGAAGCACAGUGGAUACGUUAUAUAUGGCACACUAAUUAA